GCCGCCGCUCCGUCCUCGCUCCGUGCCGCCGUGUCCCCUCUCCGCGGCCAUGCUGCCGCUCCGUCCGUAGCCGCCGGUGUCCCCGCUGUCCCCUGUGUGCCCACCGUGCCCGCCGGUCUCUGUGGGCCGCGCGUUCGGGCGGGAUGUGGCGGCUGCUGCUGCCGGGCCGCGGCCGCUGCGCACCCACCUCCGCCCGUCCCGCCUGUGCCCCCGGGCUGGGCGGCGGCCGCAGCCCCGAGCGGCAGCCCGCGGGGCAGGAUGGCCCGGAGCGAGGAGGAGGACGGCGGCGGCCGCUGCCCGGCCUGGUGCCGCGCUGCUCCGUGCGGGAGGCCGUCACCUGGGGCGCGGUGGGCGCGCUGCUGCUGCAGCUGCUCCGGCAGAUCGCGGGGCUCAGGUCGCUGCAGGACGCCCGGACAGAGCGAAGGUUUCACCGGCGAUCCCCGCUGUCCCCACAGCCCGCAGUGGUGACUGAAGCCUCCAACAGCUGUCCUGGCGAGCAGCUGGGCUCCCAGCUCCUGCAGAAAGCACGUCCAGAGGCUGUAGCAGAGAAUUCAUCCUCAGGCAUCCCCUCGGGGCCAGGAGACAGGCAGCCCUGGGCAGAAGCAGGGGAGUUCCAAAUCCCUGUGAGCUCCAGGGUGGGGCCAGUGAUCCACAGUGCAAAGGGUGACCCAGCUCAUCGAGGGCAUUUGGAGGAAGCCGCUUUCCAAUUGCAGCAGAUUUUCCGAAUUGAUAUUUCCAUUGCAUUGAAUAUCCUUGGGAUCGAGAGCAUGAGGGCGGGGCGCUGCCGGGCAGCCUUCACCUGCUUCAAGCUGGCAGCAGAUCGGGGCUACAGCAAAGCCCAGUUCAACGUGGGGCUGUGCUACGAGCACGGCAGGGGCACGGAAAAGGACUUGGAGAAGGCAGGUUUUUAUUACUGCCAGGCAGCCAGCAGCCGUCACGCCAUGGCCCAGUACCGCUACGCCAGGUACCUGCUGCAGCACGGCCCUGGCAGCCUCCAGGACAGGCAGCACAAGGCUGUGGCACUCCUGGAGCAAGCAGCAGGGGCUGGCAUCACAGAGGCACAGGCUUAUCUUGGAGUGUUCUACAUGAGGGGGCUGCAGCCUCAGGAGAAAAGAGGUCUGAAGUACCUGCUGCAGGCAGCAAACAGUGGGGAUGCCCAGAGCAGGUUCCACGUGGGCGUUUGCUACGAGCAGGGCCUGGGGGUGCAGCAGGACCUGGCGGAGGCGCUGAGGCACUACGGGCAGUCGGCAGCUGCGGGGAGCAGGCGGGCCCGGGACAGACUGCGGGCAUGGCAGCAGCAGCUGCAAGAUGUGCACACAAAGCAUCUGUUCCCUUCAGGAUUAAGAGCCUCCUCCUCCAGCCCUGAUUUCUGGACUAUUGAGCCUGUGUCUGCAAAUCUCCACAGCAGCCAGCCAGGACAGUGUGUUGUAACCCUGCCCCACUCCUGGAGCACAGGCACACUGCACAUGAUGCUGCUCAGCAGUGCAGGGUGGAGCUGUGCCUUCAGAGCCAGGACAGUGCCAGUGGAGCUGCAGGGCUGGGAGCCCCAGCACUGCUGGCAGUAGAGCAGGCAGUGAGUGACACCAGCAGGCAGAGGGCAAGGCAGCCUUGGUGUGGGCUGGAACCCAGUGAAGGGAAAGAGAAAGCUCUCUGUUCAUGGGACAGGAGGCAUUUUUAAAUACCUGGGCUUUGAGAAUUAACCUUGUGGUAUCUCCUACACCACCAAGUCCUCUACCUUCCAUACAGGGAUGUUGCUUCUGCACCUGCAUUUCUGUAUUAGAGCCAAGCUCUGGCUGCCCCUGGAUCCCUGGAAGUGUCCAAGCCCAGGCUGGGUGGGGCUUGGAGCAACCUGGGUUAGUGGAGGAUGUCCCUGCCAUGGCAGGGGGUGGAAUGAGGUGAGCUUUGAGCUUUUUUCCAGCUCAAGCCACUCAGUGGUUCUGUACCACAGUGGUUUGAUCUGGGGUUCUAAUUAGAGAAGCUUUGCAUGUCUUGCUCAUGGUCCCCCAGGGAGGUUUGCAAGCCACCAUAUGGGAACACUGGCAGCUAACCCUGGGGUUGUCCUGGUCCUCACCCUCUGGGCAAUUUUCUCUCUCUCCAAGGCAAAUCCCCUCAGUGCCCCUGCUACCUGCACAGUGUAGGCUGGCUCUGUGUUGCAUUAUGGCAGACCUGGGCAAGCAGGAGAGUGAAUUCUCAUCACUGGGCAGAGUUUUUUAUGGGAUGUGACAGAUCCACCUGUAGCAGUGAGGUGUCAGCUGUCCCCGGCCAUCCUGCACCGUGUCAGUGUCCUUCUGUCCCCACUCCUCCUCCUCCUGCAGCCCUGGCAGGGAGCUGCUCCCACGGGCACACCUCUCUGAGACACAAUGAGCCAGGUUUGCUUCAAAAUCCAUCGUGUCCCUGUUUGCUGAGCACGCCAGCUCAUUUUCAGCAGAGUGGAUAAGGGAUGCUCCCAGCGGGAAGGCACCACUGGCAGGCAGCAGCAGCAGGCAGCUGGUGUGAUAAUUUCUUCCACUGGGGCAGCUGAAUCCGGAAAAAGGCAUUUGUUCACACCAGUUUAAACUGGUUCAAGGGCAUCUGUGCAAGCUGCCCAGCUUCCUGUGGCCCUGCUGCUCUGUGUAGAUCAGGCUCUGCAAAACAAAGGCAAUGGCCUCAUCCUGAACUUCUCCAUGCAGCAAGGGAGGGGUGCAGCCAGCCCUCAACACAUCUGAUUGUUCUUCUGGUCUGCUCUCUCCUUCUGCUCAGACCAAACUUUCUUAGACCAUUUCCUUUAUCAAGCAGGAUACAAGGAGCAGGAAAUUCCUGGGGUGGAUUUCCUAUGCUGUGAUAAUCCAGAGCGUGCUUACGCAUUGGUCAGGAUGGGAGACGGGCUGGGGGGGCUGAAAGCAGUUUGCAGAAUCAGGAAAUUGAACCAAGAGGGAGGAAUUUGUCUCCUUUUAAACCUGCUUGUUAUAAGGUAUUUUUGUGUAAGGAUUUUCCUCUGACAGGAACAUCAAAGCAAGUUUGCAGAGGGAGAUGUGAGGUUGUGCUGGCUGUUUGUCCCUCUGCCUGUGCUCCCAAGGUGCAGAGGACUCCCACAGGGCUCAGUCACAAAUGCCUCCCUCAUGGUUUGCACAGCUGCAUCUCAGUUAGAAUCUGGCUCUCUGACAUUGUUUUGGUGCAGGAACCUGUUUUGUUUGUACAACAAACCAGCAAGAGAUUUGUGUUAGCAGAAGAGCAGCACGAGCAGGCCAGGCCAAACCCAUCCGUGGAUGGAUGCCAGACCUGGGUUCAUGUGCACAAGUAUUUUGGAGACUCAAAAUAAAACAGAACAUUUUGGAUAUUAAAAAGUCCACCUGGGAAAAA